AUGUCCCAAUUAAUCACACUGGCUACUUGUAACUUGAACCAAUGGGCUCUAGAUUUUGAAGGUAAUAGAGAUCGUAUACUUGAGUCCAUCAAAAUCGCCAAGGAAAAGGGUGCCCGUUUAAGAGUUGGUCCAGAAUUAGAAAUCACUGGCUAUGGAUGCCUGGAUCACUUUUUAGAGAGUGAUGUUUGCUUACAUUCCUGGGAAAUGUAUGGUCAAAUUAUUAAGCGUUCGGAAACACAUGGCAUUAUUUUAGACAUUGGUAUGCCAAUUCUACACAACAAUGUUAGGUACAAUUGUAGAUUACUAUCAUUAGAUGGUAAAAUUCUUUUCAUUAGACCAAAAAUUUGGUUAGCAAAUGAUGGUAACUAUCGUGAAAUGCGUUUUUUUACACCUUGGAUGAAACCUGGUGCUGUUGAAGAGUUUACUCUGCCAAUUGCUAUUCAAAAGAUUACUGGUCAGCGAGUCGUUGAGUUUGGUGAUGCCGUUAUUAAGACAUUCGAUACUUGCAUUGGUGCUGAAACUUGUGAAGAAAUUUUCACCCCUCAAUCACCUCAUAUUGCAAUGUCAUUAGAUGGCGUGGAAAUCUUCACUAACUCCUCUGGUUCCCAUCAUGAACUACGUAAAUUAAACAAAAGAAUGGAUCUAAUUCUAAAUGCUACAAGCCGUUGUGGUGGUGUUUAUCUAUAUGCCAAUCAACGGGGUUGUGAUGGUGACAGAUUAUAUUACGAUGGGUGUGCUCUGAUUGCUGUGAAUGGAAAAGUUGUAGCUCAAGGCUCUCAAUUCUCAUUAAAAGAUGUGGAGGUCAUCACAGCUACAGUUGAUUUGGAAGAUGUUAGAAGUUAUAGAGCUAGUGUAAUGUCUCGUGGUCUUCAAGCUUCUCUUCGUGAUAUUAAAUAUCCUAGAAUUGAUGUUCCUGUGGAAUUAGCCGAAGUAAGUGACAGGUUUAACCCAAAUGUAGUUCCAACCAAGAAAAGGGAUAUUCAUUAUCACACCCCAGAAGAAGAAAUUGCUUUGGGUCCAGCAUGUUGGUUAUGGGAUUAUAUCAGACGUUGCAAUGGCACUGGGUAUUUCUUACCUUUAUCUGGUGGUAUUGAUUCCUGUGCCACGGCUAUGAUUGUACAUUCUAUGUGUAGAUUGGUUAUUAAGGAAAUUGGUGAAGGUAACGAACAAGUUCUAAAUGAUGUCCGUAAGAUCACCCGUAGUGCAGAUGAUUGGAUUCCAAAACAUCCUCAAGAGAUAGCGAGUACCAUUUUCCACACUUGUUUCAUGGGGACCAAAAAUUCCUCUAGUGAAACUAGAAAGAGAAGUAAAGAAUUAUCAGAAAAAAUAGGGUCUUACCAUGUUGACUUCAAUAUGGAUAAUGUUGUCACAAGUGUUGUUUCGUUGUUUGAAGUAGCUACUGGUAAAAAACCAAUCUUUAAGAUCUUUGGUGGUUCCCAAAUUGAGAAUCUUGCUCUACAAAAUAUACAAGCUCGUUUAAGAAUGGUAUUAGCUUAUCUUUUUGCGCAACUUCUUCCAUGGGUUCGUGGUGUCAAGAAUUCAGGUGGUCUAUUAGUUUUAGGUAGUGCUAACGUGGAUGAAUGUUUAAGAGGUUAUUUGACGAAGUACGAUUGUUCCUCUGCUGAUAUCAACCCUAUAGGGGGUAUCUCGAAGACAGAUUUGAAAAGAUUUAUUGCAUAUGCAACAAAGGAAUAUGAUAUGCCAAUUUUGGAUGAAUUUCUUCAUGCUACCCCUACAGCUGAAUUAGAACCUAUUACUGAAAAUUAUGUUCAAUCUGAUGAAAUUGACAUGGGUAUGACGUAUGAAGAAUUGAGUAUAUUUGGCUAUUUAAGAAAAGUCGAGAAAUGUGGUCCAUAUUCUAUGUUUUUGAAACUUCUACAUGAAUGGACUCCAAAAUUGACCCCUGCCCAAGUUGCUGAAAAAGUUAAAAGAUUUUUCUUUUUCUACGCAAUUAAUAGACAUAAACAAACUGUUAUUACUCCAAGUUAUCAUGCAGAAAAUUAUUCCCCUGAUGACAACAGAUUUGAUUUACGUCCUUUCUUAAUCAACCCAAGAUUUGUUUGGGCAAGUAAAAAGAUCGAUGCUGUUGUUGCGCAAUGUGAAAAUAAGACAAACGAUUUAGAUGUUCUAUCAGUUGAUUAA